AUGCUAUGUUCGACCAACGUGAAAAUUCCAAACGUUGUUUUAUAUGCAACUCAUGGUACGCAGCGACGGUGUGAACAAGAAUAUCCACCAAAUGUAACUAAUGUACUUAUUGGUGUUAUUAGUGCUGUCAUUUUUACACUUGCUUUCUACGGUCUGUGGUUUGAUAAACCAAUUUUAUUAUUAUUUACAGGCAUUUUACUUAGUCUGAUGUUAUUAUUAACAUUAUCGGCAAUGUUUAUACCGAAAAAAAUUCUUCAUCAAUGGCUACAUCAUGAACAUAUUCCGUCAAAUUCCUCAAUAGAAAUGAAUGAUCAUAUCACCUGCAGUAAUCAUAGCGAUCCAUCGCCAGUAAUAAGAAAACUAUUUUCAUCAUUUUUUUCUUUCAAUUAUUUACUUUCUUCACGACUGAUACGAUUACUUAUCAGUGCAUUACUGAAUCUUAUCGGAAUAUGGUUAGUAUUUUAUUUAUUUGUUUGCGUAACAGACAAUUAUUCACAUACACCGUACAGAUCGAAUUCAUGCAGAUAUUAUGUUUAA